AUGGGGUGCUCUCGACUCGGAGCCAUGGCGGUGGCAUGUUCCAUAAUCGCUGGACUACUUUCCUUGUCGAGUCUUUUACUACCAUAUUGGUCAGAAAUUACUAUCUUCAAUCAUGGAAGUGAUGGCGAACUCAGUGCAAAUUUAGAAGUUGUAUUUGGAAUCUGGGGCACGUGUGUGAUGAUUCAAAAUCGAUCUGUUAGUGACUCUUUCAGCACUUUGCUUACACCAUCUAACGAGACACAAUUGAAAGCACUCGAAGCAACUUUAACUUGUGCAUCUUUCUAUCAAGAAGGUGUAGUAGGUAUCCAUUGUGAGACUCUACAUGGGUUUUCGGAUGGAAAAUGCUCACGUUCUGAUCGGAUUUCUACUAGCAGUCUCUGUGCUGCAGAUGAACCGGUUGAUAUGCUUUUAGUCGCAUGGGAUGAAGAUCAAGCACGUGGAACUGUCCAUACGUCACCGUAUGAGCGACAGCAAGUAACAGAUUGGCUUCGUCAUUUCUUACCAGAUAUGUGUGGAACUCCAGGGCUCGCGAUUGCUACGUUAUCUGGCAUAACAUUUGUAUUCUCGGUCUUGACGAUUCUUUUAUUGUUGUUUGGCGUUAGUUUUGACACAUUUGAAUCGCGUAUUGUACAUAGUGGUGCCAUGACAUCUUUAAUUGUUUCCAGCUUACAAUUUGCAUUAGUAGGCGUAUGGAAGUUUCUUACCCACAUCCUACAUCAUGAAGGAAAUUACUUUGGUACAGCUUUUUAUCUAAGUCUUGCAAGUAUUUGUGGAUAUCUCAUGACAUAUCUUUUUGCAAUGCGUCAUUUACGUAAUGAAAGAGAUACUUUAAUUGGACUGGGACUGCUUGAAGAUGAUGAUGAAUCCCUUGAUGAUAUUUUUAAGACAAAAAAACUUGCUGAUGAUUGGAAUGAUGACGAUAGCGAGAGUUCACCUCACAAAGAGAAUAUGACAAGAAACGUAGAAUAUGCUGUAUAA